GGAGGUGCUGAGCCGCGCGAUUUAUUCCGGGCCGGACACACAGGAGGCGAGGACUCGCGCCGGCCGCAGCAUGCAGGAACCCCGCGUGCUGGCCGCGCUCUGCGGCGCGCUGCUGUGCGCCUCCGGCCUCCUGGCCGCCUCGGGUGACUUCUGUGACUCCAGCAUAUGCCUGAAUGGUGGGACCUGCUUGCUGGGCCAGGACAGUGUCUCCUCCUACUGCCUCUGCCCUGAGGGCUUCACGGGCCUCCUUUGCAAUGAGACCGAGAAAGGUCCCUGUUCCCCAAAUCCCUGCUACCACAAUGCUGGGUGUCAGGUCGUCGACAGCUCCCACCGAGGGGAUGUGUUCACCCCAUACGUCUGUGACUGCCCUCCGGGCUUCGUGGGCAUCCACUGCGAGUCGAAGUGCAUGACGAGCCUGGGCAUGGAGGGGGGCGCCAUCGCUGACUCGCAGAUCUCUGCGUCGUCCCUGCACAUGGCCUUCCUGGGCUUGCAGCGCUGGGCUCCGGAGCUGGCCCGGCUUCACCGCUCAGGCAUCGUCAACGCCUGGACAGCCAGCAACUACGACAGGAAGCCCUGGAUCCAGGUAAACCUUCUUCGGAAGAUGCGAGUGACAGGUGUGGUGACCCAGGGUGCCAGCCGUGCAGGCAGUGCCGAGUAUGUGAAGACCUUCAAAGUGGCCUACAGCCUCGACGGACGCAAGUUCCACUUCAUCCAGGAUGAAGAGGGCUCCGGGGACAAGGUGUUCGUGGGUAACAUCAACAACAGGGGCCUGAAGGUCAACCUGUUCAGCACCCCGCUGGAGACGCAGUACGUGAGGCUGUACCCCGUGGCCUGCCACAGGGGCUGCACCCUGCGCUUCGAGCUCCUGGGCUGUGAGCUGAACGCAGGAUGCUCCGAACCCCUGGGCCUGAAGGACCACAAAAUCCCCGACAGGCAGAUCACAGCCUCCAGCAGCUACAAGAUGUGGGGGCUGCGAGCCUUCAGCUGGUUCCCCUUCUUCGGGCGGCUGGACAAUCAGGGCAAGAUCAACGCCUGGACAGCGCAGAGCAACUCGCCGAAUGCCUCCGAGUGGCUGCAGGUUGACCUGGGGUCCCAGAAGCAGGUGACAGGGAUCAUCACCCAAGGUGCCCGUGACUUGGGCCACAUCCAGUACGUAGCUUCCUACAAGGUGGCCCACAGCAACAAUGGCGUCAGCUGGACCGAGUACAAGGAGCCAGGGGCCGUGGACAGCAAGAUCUUCCUCGGCAACUUGGACAACAACUCCCACAAGAAGAACAUGUUCGAGACGCCCUUCUCGGCUCGCUACGUGCGCGUGCUGCCCGUGUCCUGGCACAACCGCAUCACCCUGCGCCUGGAGCUGCUGGGCUGUUAGCACUUGACCCACAGGUCAGGCUCGAGGGACCCGAGUGACCACAGGGCCGACCCCCACGCCCUGCCCUGUACUGCUGUGGCCCGCUGCCCUCUCAUUCCUUCCAGUGGUGGAGCGGCUGGGGACAGGGAGGGGACGGGCCUUAGAGGAGGCCCCUGGCGCUGUCACCCUCCCUCCCCUUUCCUUCCAGCCCCAAGGCCUCCCCUUCUGACCUGGUUUCUUAGGCUUCUGAAGGUGUCGCUCUGGGAGUCGCUGAGAUGCACGCCGAGCCAGGCACGUGGCUUUUCUACCCCUCCCUAGGUCCGGGGACCCCAGUGCUGGGUUGACUCGAGGGGUUGGCUCCAGAUGGAGCCCCCAGGCACCGAGCCAGUGAUUACAGCUGGAUCACACCCCAGGGCACACACUGCCAUCCACUGUGCACCUCCCUGACACUCCUUAUCUACCGGAGACCCCUCUUGACCCUGUCCUUGGGAAGAAGACAGAAGGGGUGCUGGGGCUGCAGAGAGACAGGAGACCGGAGCCAGCCUGGCGCUGAGCAGGUGGCUGGCUGGGUGGGCAGGGGUGGCUCCUCGCCCAGGCCAGGCAGCUUCCAAAAUAUAUCUAUACUUGCCACUGGAA